AUACUUCAAAAAAAAAUUCUGGUUCCGCUUCCUUUUUGUGCGAUCCACGUGAAGAAAGACGUGCUGAAGGUAAUUUUUGCCGAAAUUCAUCGACUAAUUGUUCAUUUUUGAUAAUUAAUUUUUGUUAAGCUUUUUCAUAAAUUAUUCAUUUACCGAUCGAAUUCGAAAAAGCAGCAAACUUUACGUUGUUUUAGUGAAAUUUUUAUAUUUUUAAUUAUGACAGUAUGGGCAUAACACGGCCUCGCAACUAUGAACUUGGAAACUCGGGAGUUAUGCGUUUCUCCGCAACCCGAAUGUACCGAAAGCGUGCAGUAUACCGCUUGAAGAAGAAGGGAGGAGAUAAAAAGCAACCCGAAAAGAAAAGCGCCGAAGUUAAAAAGAAGCAAAUUGGAGGUGACAAAAACGGUGGAACUAGACUCGUUCGCGUUAACAGACCACCAAAAUCUUACCAAACCGCAGAAGUUUCCCGCAAACUGAAAAACAAGAAAGGAUGUUUCAGUAAACACAAGAGAAACUUGAGAACCACGAUCACUCCUGGAACAGUACUGAUCCUCCUCGCAGGACGCCAUAAGGGAAAGAGAGUAGUUUUCCUUAAACAACUGAACUCUGGACUCUUGUUGGUUACCGGACCCUUCCGUUUGAACGGCUGUCCUUUACGUAGAGUUAACCAAAUUUACGUAAUCGCUACUAAAACUAAAGUCGACAUCUCUAAGAUAAGCAUCCCGGAUCGCGUAAAUGAUGCCUACUUCCGCCGCAAGGUUCUUAAGAAACCUAAACAUGCCGAAGGUGAAAUUUUCGAACAGAAAAAAGAAGUCUAUAGUGUAUCCGAUGAACGUAAAGAAGAUCAACUAACAGUCGACAAGAGCGUUCUUGAAGCGAUCCGAGCUCAUCCGGAAAAGAAGUUGUUAUUCGGAUACUUGGGGGCUAUGUUCUCAUUGAACAACCGCCAAUACCCGCAUAAAAUGAUCUUUUAA